AUGACGGCGGAAAGCGGUGCGGAUCCUCCGCCUCCGCCGGCGCCCCCGCGCCGUCGCCGCCAGCAGGGCGUGUUGGAGCUUCUCCAGUGCGCGUUAUUCACGCCGAAAGGCCGUCUGCCGCCGCGCGGAGCUCAGGGCGGAUCGUCGUCCGCUCCGCUCGUUUCCCGUGAGGCGGAGCUGGGUCCCGCCGGCGCCGGCGUGGAGCCGACCUCUGCGGCGGCGGGCGUAGCUUUCACAUCCCCCGACGCGGAAGCCGCCGCGACCGAUGGCAGCGGGGGAGAAGGCGGAAGCCGCCGCAGUGGCGACGUUGCGCCUGCGACGGCGGAGGUCCUUCUCGCGGUUGGCGGGAUGUCUUGCGCCGCCUGCGCCGCGUCCAUCGAGAAGGCGCUUCUGCGCCUCGACGGCGUGUCGAAUGCGACGGUCUCCGUUAUAAGCGAGCGCGCUAAAGUCACCUUCGACUCCUCGCUGAUGAAUGAGGACGAAGUAGCGAGUGCAGUCGAGGACGCGGGAUUCGACGCCAGCAUCAUCUCCCGCACCGUGCUCGCCGUGUCCGGCGGCGCCGCAGGCAGCGGCGGCGGCGGCGGCGACGGGCAUGCGGGAAACGCCAGCAACGCCGCCGCGGGCGACGCGCACGCGGCAACGGCGGCGGCGGCGGCGGGAGGGCUACCCAAGUCGAUGGGCGGAGCGCGCGCAAUCCGCUUCCGCGUGCCGGCGGUGUCCGCGGAUCUGGCAGCAGCAGCAGCCGCCGCAGCGGGGGAUGGGGAUGCCGCCAUCAGCAGCAGCAGCAGCAGCAGCGGGGACGCCGCGGAUCGAGCGGAUCCAGCCACGCUGCUGGAGCGCGCGCUUCAAGCGACCCCUGGCGUGCUCGCCGCGUCGGUAACAUGGAGUCGCAUGCCCGCCUUCAACGGCAGCAGCGGCGGCGGCGGCGGCGGCGGCGGCGGCGGCGGCGGCGGCGGUAGCAAGCAAGCUGAUUCCGACGACGUCUUGGGUGUCUGCGACGUUGACUUGGAAGCCCACGUUGUGUACUCCGUCUCCCCUUCCCCCGCGCCCGCUUCCCCCGUCUCGCCCGGCGCUUCCCCCGCUUCCCCCGCUGCCCCCGCCUCCGCCGCUUCCGCUCACCCCGCGCCACUCUCGCCAGCGGCGCUCCUCACGGUCAUCCACAACGCGGGCUUCCCUUCCGCGAACCUUCUCUUCGAUCCCCCCUCCGCUUCUGUCAAUUCCGCCAACUCCGCCAAUUCCGCGGCCGGCUCAUCCCAGUCAGGAACCGAAGCUACUAAACUCUCCGCCGCGUCUGCCAAGGGCACGAGCAGCGGGACUCCUUCCGCUUCAGUUAACAGGACACGCAGCUCGCUUUCCUCUUCUGGUAGGAGGAGAAAGGCCCCCUCCGCUCCGCCCUCUUCCCCCGCCGCCCUCUCCGCCCCCCCCUCCCCCUUUCUCUCCGCCUCCCCGUUCUCCCCCGCGCUCGCCGCCCUCCCCCUCCCCACCUUCAUCGAAGCGUCCCUCUGCCUCCUCCCAGGCGUUUCCGCUGCAGCAGUCAGCACCCCCAGCCAACACGUCACAGUCUCUUUCAACCCCGAUAUAAGCGGACCCAGAACUCUCCUAGAGGCUCUACACUCAGGGCUGGUCCAAACGGGACGGCUGGAAAAGGUCGACUUGGCGGAUAGGGAAGGGGGAGGCGUGGGGGGGAGUGCGGGGUCGAGGCAGAGAAGGAAGGAGAUAGGGAAGCUUCGGCGGCAGUUUAUUUGGAGCUUGGUGUUUUCCGUGCCGGUGUUUCUGCUGGCCAUGGUGCUGGAUAGGAUCCCGCCGUUCGACGAGUGGCUCAUGUACCGGAUAGUCAACUGCCUCACAGUGGGCGUCCUAUCGCGCUGUCUACUCACCAUCCCAGUGCAGUUCAUCAUCGGGUGGCGCUUCCACGCGGGUGCCUUCCACGCGCUCAAGCGCCGCUCCGCCAACAUGGACGUGCUCGUGUCCCUCGGCACCAACGCUGCCUUCUUCUACUCCUUCUUCAUCCUCAUCGCCUCUGCUGUCACCCCGCCCACGGAGCUAGCUCCCCCCUCUGCUUCUCCUCCUCCUCCUCCUCUUCCUCCUCCUCUUCCUCCGGAUUUCAGGGCGUGCCUGUUGCGGCAGCCAGCACUGCUGGUAAUGCAGGCGGGAGCAGCAGCCCUGCAUAUGGGACCAGAGCUGGCGGGGAUUAUGCCGGGGAGCCAAGGGGAGGGAGCAGCAGGAGCAGCAGCAGCAGCAGCAACAGGAGGAGGCGAAGGAGGAGCAGCAGGAGAGGAGGAAAUGCCAGUCACAUUCACAUACGCGUACGCUGGGAUCGACUUUUUCGAGACGAGUGCGCUGCUGAUCUCAUUCAUCAUGCUGGGAAAGUACCUGGAAGCUGUGGCGAGGGGCAAGACGAGCGAUGCCAUAGGGAAGCUGCUGAAGCUGGCUCCUGACACUGCCACACUGCUAGAGGUGGCGUAUGGGGAGGAGGGGGAGGGGGAAGAGGAGGGAGGAGGAGGAGGGAAGGGAGGGAAGAGUACGGAGAUUGGGGUUGAAAAGUGUAACGGUGGUGGUGGUGGUGGUGCUGCGACGGUUGCCGGUGCUGGUAACCCUACCCGUGCUGUGGUUACCAGUGCUAGCAGCGGCAGCAACGGGUAUGGUUGUAUGAGCCCGAGCAGGGACAGCAGUACCUACAGGGAUGGCAGUAGCUUCACACGUGGUGGCGCCAUGCAAGAAAUUGACUACAGCUUCCAGUCGGAUGACGUGGCGCUCUUUGAUUCGACGCGCCAGGUCGGUUUCAGCUUCAAGUCUGACGUGGCGUCUGUUGAUUCGUGCUUGGAGAAAGAGGCAGCGUUGAUUCAGAGGGGGGACAUCAUUCGAGUGGUGCCAGGAGCCAAGAUCCCCACGGACGGUGUCGUGGUGUGGGGGCAAACCUACGUGAACGAGAGCAUGAUAACGGGCGAGUCUCGCCCCGUAUUAAAGCAGCUCGACUCCCCUGUGAUAGGGGGCACGCUCAACCUCGCAGGCAGCAUCCACGUGCACGCCACCCGGGUGGGCGGGGACACGGCACUGGCGCAGAUCGUGCAGCUGGUGGAGGCGGCACAGAUGGCGAAAGCUCCCAUCCAACGCGUGGCUGAUAGAAUAUCUGCGAUAUUUGUUCCCACGGGGAUGACCUACUUCGAGCUGGCCCUACAGUUCGGCAUCUCUGUACUCGUUAUAGCGUGCCCCUGCGCGCUCGGGCUCGCUACACCCACUGCUGUGAUGGUGGCGACGGGAAUCGGCGCACAGCAGGGGAUUCUGAUCAAGGGCGCUGAUUCUCUGGAGAGAGCGCACAAGAUUGAAACCGUUGUGUUUGACAAGACGGGCACUCUCACCCAGGGCAGACCCAGCGUCACUUCCUGCACUCUCUUCUCCUCCCGGAUUUCGCAGUCAGAGCUGCUGGCUGUACUGGCUGCUGCUGAGCUUCUGCAUACUCUCCCUCCUGCGGAGGAUUUCGAGGCAAUAGCAGGGCACGGCGUGGUGUGCCGAAUCAACGGGCGCCACGUGGCUGUGGGGAAUCUGAAGCUCAUGCGGCUUAGGAGUGUUGUCAUGUGCAACGCACCGGCGUCGACUGAUGAAGUGGAGGGAGGAUCACAGGAGGAAAUUAUGGGCACUGUCACUGAUGCUGCCCCUACUGCCACUACUGCCACCGCCAACAGCAGCAACACCAGCACCACCGCAGACCUCUCCCCCCCUCCUCUCCCCCGCGGCGUCCUCGAAUGGCUUGCCGAAACCGAAGCAGGCGCGGAAACCGACGUGCUAAUAGCCCUCGACGGCCACGUGAUAGGCGGCGUCUCUGUCUCCGACCCAGUCAAACCCGAAGCAGCAUCCGUAGUGGAGAUUCUCCAAUCCAUGGGCAUGCGCACAGUCAUGGUUACGGGAGACAACUGGGGUUCUGGCAGGGCUGUGGGGCGAGCGGUGGGGAUAGAGGGAGACGAUGUGGUAGCAGAGGCGUUACCCGCGGAUAAAGCCGCGUUUGUGAGGAAGGUGCAGGGGGAGGGGAAGCAGGUGGCGAUGGUGGGGGACGGGGUGAACGAUUCUCCUGCGCUGGUAGCCGCUGAUGUGGGGAUUGCGAUUGGGGCGGGGACGGAUAUUGCGAUAGAGGCUGCGGAUAUUGUUCUCAUGCGCUCGUGUCUGGAGGACGUCGCGACAGCCAUUGAUCUCGCGCGGACCGCGCUUCGACGGAUCAGAUUGAACUACGUCUGGGCGUUCGGGUAUAACGUCACGGGUAUUCCCAUCGCGGCGGGGGUACUCUUCCCAACCGCCCUCCGGUUCCGCCUCCCCCCGUGGGUUGCCGGUGCAGCAAUGGCCCUAUCCUCUGUGAGUGUGGUGUGCUCGUCUCUGCUGCUCAGACUCUACAGGAGGCCAAGGAAACUUGACCUGAUAAAGCUGGAGGUGCAGCAGUAG